AUGGCCAACAGCCUUUGCGGUGACGAUGCUUAUCAAACCCGGACAGUCGACCCAUGGGAUGAGAUCUCCCAGUAUGCGCCCACUCCCGGUUACUUUGGACACACACCUGCCUGCCUGUUCUGUCCUAGCCCGAGUCCAGAUUAUGUCACGGACCAGGUACAGUCAGAUCAGCUGGAUUUUCUCCCAUUGGCGAAAUGGGACGAAGGUGCCAAAUAUGAGAAGCAAUAUAUCUGCUAUAAGAUUGCGUGGAAGCCUGUAUUCGACCGCAAGAAAGUUGGUGGUGUGACCGAAAAAGAUUUGGUUAUAGCCCCCCGGGAUUAUUGGGCAGAGACGUUGAAACCCGCCGUUGAGGAGAUGCUGCAAAAGAAAAGGCCAGUGAGUUCGAUCUGA